AUGGGGACUAAGGUCCCAAAAACAAGAACAAAAGUAUGUGGGAAUGCAUGCAAGCGCAACCCAACAGAAAAUUUCAUUUUUGAAGAUAGACUUUCAGUUCCUAUUUUCUCUGUAUGCAGUUCCAGCAGUGGCUGGCUGAAGCAGCGGAUCAGUCAAGGAUUAAAGCUCUCUGAUAAAAGUGGCAACAAGAAGUUUUGUCUUCUCAGCUGUAUGGAGUCCAGCGAGGGGUGUCUAUGGGCUGGGCAAGGUGCAUCUGACCCGAAUAUGAGUCCGGCCUAUAGCUUGCCAAGCCCGUCCUGUGAGGUUGGUGUGCCUAGUAUUGCAUAUGGAAUCGUGGGCAAUAGCCCAACUCGUAACACAUGA